AUGGCAGGAGAUGAUAUGGUACAGGUUGGCAACAACAGGACAGUGCCGAGGAAUAUGAUGUCACGGAGGUCACCGAGCAUCUUGGUGACGGACGCUCGGUCUACGAAGAAGCGGAGUAGCGCGCCGUUUGCGGGAAAUGCCAAUACACGGCGAGAUAAGACGGGUGGGUCGAUGCCGACGGUAAUCGAGAACCGUGCAGGGCGGCGGAUGGGUCCGAUGGGGGGCCGGGAAUUCAUGCCGAAGGCGGGCUCAGGCCGCACGCGCCAGGGCAAGUUCAGCGAGGUGUCGAUGGACAAUAUUUUGUCUGAGAUGUCGGACGUGCCGUCCGGGCGGCGGCAGGAGCGGCUGUCGUCGUCGUCCUUUGAGUAUGAGCGGCGGCCCGCACAUUACAACAAGACCAUCCGACCGCUUCCCUCUCGGACAUCCAAGACGUCCGAGAAAUUCGUAUUGAUUCCCGAUGAGAACGUGAAGCGGUUUGCGCAGGGUUUCCACAAACGGUCGGCGUCGCGAGUGUUCUCUGAACUCUCGUACGGCGAGCACAAUACGGCGGGUUUACCAAGCAUCACAGCUUAUAACGUCGCUGAGGGGUUCAACUUGAACCUUGCGUCACAGUUUUUAAAGGAAACACAUAAUGUCUCGAUCAGGCGGUAUGACGAGUGCCUCUACGUGCCAUACUGCCUUCCGUUGCUUCCAGGGAAGGACGGGUUCAGAAUCCGCUCGAAUGUAUCCAAGAAAAUGGUUGGCGGCAAGACUUUGAUUGACCGAUUGAUCGACACAAGUGAGCAACGUGACCACCACUAUGAAUAUUAUUCCGGGGUUGAAACCGUUGAAGAUAUGCAUAACAAUUUCGAAAUAAACGAGAACGGGAACGGCAGGGACCCUGACGGGCUCAGGAAUGCAGACCACCUUGCGCCGCUAUCCAGCAAUAUGCAGUCGUUUGACCCUAGCGAACCGCAGUUUUUUGCAGAAGAGCUGUCGGAAAUUGGGCUUCAUCCAAUUCAGGACUCCUCAAGUGAGCAGCAUGAACGGGAGAAGGUACUGGACGCACAGCAACAUGCUGAGAUUUUCAUCUUCAAUUAUGGCGUAAUAGUAUUUUGGAACUUUACUGAGCUGGAAGAAAAGAAUAUUUUGGGCGAUAUUGCAUUCUCUGGUAUGAAGAACAUGGUAACUCGGCCGUUAGACGAGCAAGAUAUAGAAAUCGAACAGUUUCACUUCGAAUAUGACAUGGAUACGGAACGACCGCGUAUUUUCAACGACAUUAUUACUUUGCGGUCCGGCGACCAUAUAAUUAAGUUAACCCUAUCACACGCCAUUGCACAAUCCACUAAACUUUCGCGGUUUGAGAAACGAAUAACCCCCAUCCUUGGUACUGUCUCCAAACUCCCGAAAAGGUUGGCACUUUACGGCACAUUAGGUCUAAAGAGAGAACAGUUAUUAAAAAAAUCUGGUAAAUUAUUUAAAUUGAGAGUCGACGUUAACCUAUCAUCAAGUGUUCUAGAUACUCCGGAGUUUUUCUGGUCAUUUGAGCCAAGUUUACAUCCCUUAUACACCGCCAUGAGAGAGUACUUGGAGAUAGAUCCCAGGGUACAAGUUUUGAAUGACCGCUGCAAAGUCUUUCUUGAAUUCUUCGACAUAUGCGUAAAUUCGAUUGCGGAGAAAGACAUGGCAAGGAUUACAUGGUGGCUAGUGAUUGUCAUUUUCAUUAGUGUUUUGGUCUCCACAGCUGAAAUAUUAGUUAGAUAUUUCAUUAUAAAAAGACACUAG